UCCAUCAAUUCAGACCGGUAAUAUCCUGUUCAACAGCACAAACGUCCACGACUCUUCACACAAACUCAUUGCUUUCUGCAUAUAUAAUUAUACAUAACAAACUCACUGCUGCAUAAUCCAACAAGCUCAUCACUGAUCAGUGACAAAGUCUUUAUUACAGUGUCUCUCAGUCUCAACCAUGCUCAGGCUUCUCUCUAUCUCCUCCAAAUCCAUAUCCAAUUCUCUCAGAAAAUCCAGCUCUAUAUCAUCCUGUUCAUUUACUCACUUAGAAACCCAUCUCUGUAAUCCAACAAACUCUCCCAUCUCUUCAAAUUCAUCUGGGAUUCCUUCAAACCAAUUCAAUUCUAUAAAUCCAGCCAAAACCCCAGAUGGGUAUUCGUUUUCCCACCGUUUUGAUCGAAAUUUCAGUUCUUUCGGCUCCAAGAUUGGUUUUUGUAAGGUUUCUUCAUCUGGGUAUUGGCUAAAUUGUGCAAAUUUGAGAACUUGUGAGAGAAAUGGAAGUGGGGUUUUGAGGGUUCAGGGUUCUGUUAGUGGAAUGAGGAGUUUCAGUAGUGAAUCGGACAGGGAAUCUAUGGAGUAUGAUGUUGUUAUUGUUGGGGCAGGACCGGCCGGGUUAUCGGCGGCGAUAAGAUUGAAGCAAAUGUGCAUUGAAAAGGGGGUUGAUUUAUCAGUGUGUGUUGUUGAGAAAGGUGCUGAAGUGGGUGCUCACAUCCUUUCUGGAAAUGUUUUUGAACCCCGGGCAUUGGAUGAACUUCUCCCACAGUGGAAACAGGAAGAGGCACCAAUAAGUGUCCCUGUUUCUUCUGACAAGUUUUGGUUUCUUACAAAGAAGCGUGCAUUUUCACUUCCUUGUCCUUUUGAUAACAAGGGAAACUAUGUUAUAAGUUUAAGUCAGUUAGUACGUUGGAUGGGGACGAAAGCUGAAGAAUUGGGGGUUGAAAUAUAUCCUGGCUUUGCUGCUAGUGAGAUCUUAUAUGAUGCAAAGGACACAGUUAUUGGCAUUGCAACUAAUGAUAUGGGAGUUGCCAAAGAUGGUUCAAAGAAGGAAAUUUUCCAGCGUGGUGUCGAAUUGAAAGGACGUAUAAUGCUUCUAGCUGAGGGAUGCCGGGGAUCAAUAUCAGAGAAAAUAAUGAAAAAGUACAACUUGAGAGAGAAAAGGCAUGCUCAGCAUCAGACUUAUGCUUUGGGAAUUAAAGAGGUCUGGGAAAUUGAGGAGGACAAACACAACCCUGGUUCUGUGAUUCAUACUUUAGGUUGGCCCUUGGAUCAAAAGACAUAUGGCGGAUCAUUUUUGUACCACCUUCAAGAUAGACAGAUCGCUAUUGGCUUGGUGGUUGCUUUGAAUUAUCAAAACCCUUUUUUGAACCCUUAUGAGGAAUUCCAGAAACUGAAACAUCACCCAGCCAUCAAACCACUCUUGGAAGGUGGGAGUGUUCUCCAGUAUGGUGCUCGCACUUUGAAUGAAGGUGGCUUCCAGUCUAUUCCAUAUCCAGUUUUCCCUGGAGGUGCAAUAAUUGGAUGCUCAGCUGGCUUCUUAAAUGUACCAAAGAUAAAGGGGACUCACACUGCAAUGAAAUCGGGAAUGCUAGCAGCAGAAGCUACAUUUGGUGUACUUCAAGAGGGCUUGAAUCUGGAAACAUAUUGGGAUGCUUUACAGAACUCAUGGAUAUGGGAAGAACUAUACAGAGCUCGGAACUACCGACCAGCAUUUGAACAUGGGCUUAUUCCUGGCUUGGCCAUUAGUGGAUUAGAACACUACAUACUGAAAGGAAGAUCCCCCUUCACACUGAAGCAUGGGAUACCUGAUCAUGAAGCAACAAAGGUUGCAAGGUUAUGUUCUCCAAUUCAAUAUCCAAAGCCAGAUGGGGUUUUGUCUUUUGAUGUGCCAACCUCUUUACACAGGAGCAACACAAAUCAUGAACAUGACCAACCUGCUCACCUUCGCUUGAGGGACCCCAAGAUUCCUGAACAAGUUAAUUUGCCAGACUAUGCUGGACCUGAGUCACGAUAUUGUCCUGCACGCGUAUACGAGUAUAACCCAGAUGAAAAGAGUCAACUAAAAUUGCAGAUCAAUGCUCAAAACUGCCUACACUGCAAGGCAUGUGAUAUUAAAGACCCAAAGCAAAAUAUUGAGUGGACUGUGCCAGAAGGCGGUGGUGGCCCAGGUUACUCAGUCAUGUAGAUCAAGCACUUACAUGUCUCUUAUUGUUCUUCACUCCAAAAAAUAAAGGUUAUAUGUAAUGUAGAUAAUUCAUAAUGCCUUUGACCAUUUCAAAAUAAAUUAAGGUUUACACAAUGCAUAUUUUUCUGUUGGAUCUCACAAGCUACAUCAAUAACAAAAUGGCAUGGAUUGGCAUCGAAGGCCAGAAGCCAUUUCAAAUUAUCAAUCGAAUAAGAUGGCAUUAUUUCUGAUUUGUAGAAACCAGAAAGGCAUAUCAUGCAUGGCAGAAGGAAAAUUUUCCAUAGAUUUUUCACAAUGAGCCAUGUAUCAUCAAGAAGGAAAAUAUUCCUGGCAUCAUCUCCCAUACCCGAAAAAGGUGUUUGUUUGUUACUGAAUCCUGCAAUUCUGUGGAAUAUAUCAAUCAAAGAAUGUAAAUGAAGUCAUUCAUGUAAGUGUGAUGUUGCAUACAGCCUAAACAGUAUUAGAUACUUUUUCGUCUGCGUGAGCGGUGCAUAAGUUGCAUAGCUUCAAAUCAAUGAAUUAUUCUAGCAAAAUGGGGGAAUAUUAUGAAUGUUUCCAUCA